CUGGUGUGCAGUCUUUGUAUAUGGCGAUAAUCAAGGCGGCUGUCGCGUGUAUUUAUAGUGAAUAUUAAUAAAAAUUAGUGCAAUAUGGAGUCGGACAAGACCGAAAUAAUGAAAAAAAAACUCAAAAAAACAACUAAAAAAAAUAGUGCAGCCUACUUGCGGCAAAGAGAACACGCUAACGCUCGAAACAGAAAGUUUUUAGAUAAGAUGACAGAUGAACAGCGAGAGAUUAAGAGGGCUAAAGACAGAGCAUACUAUCAAAAGAAAAAAGCAGAAAAGAAAGUGAAGAAUAUUGCUGAAAUGACAGAGCGGGAGAAACGAAAGCAAAGAAAAGAAUGGAAAAAAUCUUCGAAAAAAUACAGGAAAAAGAAAAAAGCUUUAACAAACAUAAUAAACAAUACACCGCCACACUCAGAUGAUGAUUUGGGAGCCACUUCUUCAAUAAGAAAACAAGUAGGAAGAAAAAUAGUUCGAAAAGAUAGAGCCAAAGCAUACCGUAAAAUUAAAAAGCAAAAAGAAACUAUUGUCCAAAUGAAACGUAAAAUUGAGUCUUUAAAGAGAAAACUAAAAAGAAAACAGGCAAAACUAAAACCUAUAUCUUUAACACCCAACAGCAAAGUAGAUGCCCUAAUAAAAGAUAUUGAUGUGCCUCCUGAAGUACGCAAAAAUCUUUUAUUUUGUGAAGCAUUAACUACACAAUUACAAGACAAGUCAGAUACAUUACAAAAAAAUUCCAAAGAAAGGGAAGUCUUCCAAAAGUGUGUCAGUGGCAAAAUACUGAGAAAGUACAAAUUACUCCACAUGGCUAAGACAUUUUUACCGAAGGAGAAGAAUAAUUCAUUGAUUUUGGAAUCUGAUACCAAAGUACGCGAAAUCAUUUUAAAGCCAGAAGUACGCCGAAAGAUUAUAGACUUCUUUGAAAGAGAUGACGUUAGUAGGAUGAGCCCAGGUAAAAAAGAUUUCGUUAUAAAAGGUGGUGUUAAGAAACAAAAACGUAUCCUUUUAUACACGGUUAAAGCACUGACAUCGAAAUUCAUUACAGAGACGGGGGUUAAUUUAUCUUAUGCGACAUUACUUAGAGCAAUGCCGUUUUGGGUAGUAGCCCCAAAGUUCAAGGACCGCGAAACUUGUUUGUGUAUCAAACAUGAAAACUUUGAAUUAAAAAUUAAUAAAUUAAAAAGUCUACAACUGCUUAAUCAUGGUAGAAUAGAAAAGAUUCUGGAGGAGUACAGUUGCGACGUAACUUCGUACGACUGCAUGAACGGUUUGUGUGACAAAUGUAAAACUCAGUCGUUGGAGCCGUGUAAUAAUAUAGAUUCUGUGACAUAUUUUCAAUGGAAGACUGUAAGAGAAGAUAAAAUUGUAAAAGGUGAAAACAAGAUAUUUAAAAUCACAAAAAAGCUAGCAAUUUCGAGCACAGUCAAAGAUUUAAAAUUGGCCUUUGUUGAAGAGAUUCCACUAAUGAAAAAACACAUCUAUGGCAUUUACAGUUAUAACAAAAUGAAAAAAGAGUUGAAAGAAAAUUUGACUGAAACAGAGAUAUUGGUACAGAUAGAUUUCUCAGAGAAUUACACAACUAAAACUUUGACAUCAAGAUCUUUUGCUACAGUAAGUGAAAAUUUAGACCAUAAAGCCUAUGCAGUUUGGGCACAUAUGAAACCGAUACUCACAUUAAUUUUAGAAAAUAAAAACAUUAACACUCUUCACAUAUAUUCUGACGGACCUACAUCACAAUAUCGUAACCGUACCAACAUAAACCUCUGGCUACAAACCCUGAUCAAUGACUACAAACAAAUAGCAAAAGCAUCUUGGACAUUCAGUGAACCUGGACAUGGCAAAGGACCCAUGGAUGGUGUAGGUGGCUAUCUUAAGAGAACUGCAGAUAGUCAUGUAUUAAUGGGAAAAGAUAUUAAAACGGCCUCAGACUUUGCUGAUUUGUUCACAGAUUCUGCUAUCCAAUUAAAAGUGAUUUCUGAUGACGAUAUAACUAACAUAAAAAACUUAGUCCCGAAAACUUUAGAUUCCAUACCAGGUAUUAUGAAUAUUACAAAAAUUAUCUGGCAAAAAGGAACAGAAGUUAUUGUACAAGUGUAUCGACAUGACCGUUUUCUCAAGGAGUUAAAACUAUCCAUGGUUUCUAAUAAUUUAAAUGCGACCUCAGUUCAAACCAAGACCGCUUGUAUAUCUUCGAUAUUAUCUUCUGAACUUAUAGAAGAUCCCAUAGAUGUAGAUGAUUUAGGAGACCUUUUGAAAGUCAAGAAGAGAUAUAACAUUUAUAAAUCUAUUUAUGAUUCAUCUUCAUCCGAUGAAGACGAUUUAUUGACUAUUUCAGCUCGUCAGCAGACUGAAAGAGAUGCAUACAACAAUGUUCAAGCUGGCACAUCUUACGGGCAAGAAAACUUACAUCCAAAUUUAAUAUUAUCUGGGACAUUUCUAUUAAUUAAAGUACCUACUCAAAAUAAGAAACUUAUUUACAGAUAUGUUGCCACUUGUCAGACAGGUGUUGAUAAUGAUGAUGGGGAAAUCCUAUGUAUAGCUGAAAUUCUAACGACCAAAUCAAACAAGGAAGAAUGA